AUGUCUGUCACGCUCCAUACCACUCAGGGCGACCUCAAGGUCGAGCUCUUCUGUGAAGCAGUCCCCCAAACUACAGAAAACUUCCUCGCCCUUUGUGCUUGCGGCGCCUAUAAUGAUACCCCAUUUCACCGCCUCAUUCCAGGUUUCAUGAUCCAAGGCGGUGACAUCUCCCUUGGACCAGUCGCUAAGCCCUCAACUUCCACAAAACCGACCCUACCAUUUGAGAUCCCAAAAGGCGGCACAUCAAUCUACCAUCCUUCUGCGAUGAAUCAAGAAAUUCAUCUUCCAUCAAUUCGUCACAAUGCCCGCGGUAUCCUCUCUAUGGCAUCCCGCCCUGUCAAGGAUAGAACAGCACCUGGCUCUCAGAAUGCGACUGGUGCAACUAUAAACGGAAGUCAAUUCUUCAUUACUUUUGCGCCUGCGCCGCAUCUCGACGGUGCUAGUACUGUCUUUGGAAAAGUGUUGAACCUAAGUCCACAGGAUGAGGGUGGUGAUGUUCUUUCGAAACUGGAGAAGGCCAAUGCGAAGAUCGACAAGAAGGGCAAGGUUUCUCAGCCGAAGGAAAGUGACGACUUUGACGCGCUUCGCAUUGAACGUGUUACUAUCCAUGCCAACCCUUUUGCGAAGUGA